AUGGCUCCAGUCAAAUACACUAAUCCAGGUACCACCUUUGAAAAAAAGAGAGGAGAGCUCUCGGAGGAUGGUUUACUAACCGUUCCAAAGAGUCACCAUGAAGAUUCUAAGCAUCCAGAGUUUUUACCAACCUGGGAUUUAAAAGAAUUCUACAAGCCCUUAGAGUUUUUUGAACAUAAGGACCCAGGAUCAAGAGCUGACCCAGAACUCCAAAAUUUAUUCCCAAAAGAUUCGAAGCAUGAAUUGAAAAAUGUCACCCCGAAGUUGGGAACAGAGGUAACUGGUAUCCAAUUGUCACAAUUAGACGAUAAAGCGAAAGAUGACUUAGCACUUUUUGUCGCCAAAAGAGGUCUUGUCAUUUUCAGGGAUCAAGAUUUUUCAUCUAAGGGUCCUCAAUUUGUCUCAGACUACGGUAAGCAUUUUGGUCCUUUACACAUCCACCCUACAACUGGUUCCCCUAAAGGACAUUCUGAAAUUCAUGUCGUUUAUAGACGCAAUGACUACAAUGAAGCAUUAACGUUUGCUAACAGAACUAACUUAGUUCAAUGGCAUUCUGAUGUUAGUUAUGAAUUGCAACCUCCUGGAACAACCUUCUUUUCCGUUAUUGAGGGACCUGAGUCUGGUGGUGAUACUCUUUUUGCCGAUACUGUUGAAGCUUAUAACAGAUUGUCACCUAGACUUAAAGAAUUGAUAGAAGGAUUACAUGUGUUACAUUCUUCCGAGGAACAAGCAAAAUUUUCACGUAAAGAGGGUGGUGCAGAAAGACGUGAUCCUGUUAGAAACGUACAUCCUCUUGUUAGGGUUCACCCUGUCACAGGUGACAAGAUCCUUUAUGUGAACCCUGGUUUCUCAAGAAAAAUUGUAGAAUUCAAACAAGAGGAAAGUGAUGCUUUAUUAAACUUCUUAUAUAACCAUAUUGGCAAUUCUCAUGAUCUCCAAGCAAGAGUAAACUGGGAACCAAAUAGUGUUGUGGUCUGGGACAAUAGAAGAGUUUCCCAUACGGCUAUUAUUGAUUGGGAUUCAGAUUCGAACCAUACUAGACAUGCGUUCCGUGUUACACCCCAAGCUGAAAGACCGAUUGCAGAUAUAAAGGAUUUGAAUAAGCGGGAUGAGAAUAGGCAUAUUCCUAAAGACUCUAUUUAG